UGCACACGUUCAAAGAGACCAUGCCAACUGCCUCGGAACCUAAAAUAAAAGUAAGUUUGAAGCUUUUUGUUGACACAAAUGCUGGCAAUAAAGUUCUUUUUGCUGAAGCUGGCAAAGAUUUUGUAGAUUUUCUCUUAUACCUUCUUUCUUUGCCACUUGCCACUGUCACUAGGAUCUUAAAAGAAGACAUGGUGGGUUCACUGGCCAAACUCUAUGAGACCGUUGAAAGUCUUAGUGAAUCCUACUUGCUACCAAACCAAAACAAGAAAGCACUGCUAAAUCCUAGAGUCCCUAUAUCCGCCACUGAAAUCCCUCUUUUGCUUUCUGAUUAUGAACUGCAUAAUCGAGAAUCAUACGGUUGUUCUAACUGCCAUUUAUUUGUGGCUGACGUUCCAAACUUGAUGUGUCCUCGGUGCAAUCAAAAAAUGACGUCCGCCUUGUCCUAUGUUCCUCCUUCACCUGCAAACACUGGAUUUCCUGUUGACGGUGGAUUUAUAAAAGGUUUGAUGACUUUCAUUGUGAAGGAUAAUUUGGAAUUUAUGCCUAUGUCUACUAAAGAUGUAGUUCCUUUGCUUAAAACGAAGGAAGGUAUUUUAGAGCUGGGGCUUACGUUGGAUGAGCACGGGGCUAUGAAGCUGCUACAGUUAUCUUUGCAAAGCAAGACAGUUUUGACGAAGCUUUUGACGGAGUACUCUAUGCAAUUAACGUCUUGCCAACCACUGUAAAUCCUUGGAUCAGAUUUCUCAAAUCCUGAAAUUGCAUGAAUUAUAUUAUAUUGUUGUCUAGGCAGCAAUCUACCUAAGUUGUAAUGUUAAUAAAUAAAUUGUAAAUAUUUAUGAAUAAUAAAACUAUAUAUAUACACUUUUAAAUAUAUAAUUGAAUGUACAAAUAAUAUGUAACUAUGCUACUAAACAUUUAAUGUAUUGUAAACCAAAGUGAAUCCUUGUA